UGCCGCCUAUGUUAAGGUGGAACUGACACUUUUCUAAAAGUAAACUUAAAGCUAAAAAACCACAGGGUAAGAAAACAGAACUGGUUUUUGUUGUUGUAGAUGACUGUGUGAUAAGAUUCUUAAGUACUCAAUAAUAUCCCUUUCCUGUAAGGUGUCCCUCCUGUUAGGGAGAGAAUUAUGGAAAUUAUGACAAGUACAACAUGUUGUCACAUAUCCCUUAAAGGGUUGUGCAAACAUUUUAGUUUCUGUUCAAUUUAACUAUAAGAGGAAAUGAAUCCUGCUUUUACAGCACUUAUUUUGCUCUUGAUGCCGAAAUCACUUCGAGCACAUCAAAUUGCAGCAUGAACCACUCAGUUGAGUUGUCUCUUUCAGAGGAGUUUGAUGGCAGCACAGCAGUGGCGUGUGUGAUCCUCGGUUUGUCCUUCCUGGUUGGAGCUCCUGGGAACGUGCUGGUGAUCUGGACCAUCCUGAGACACGUCAAGCAGCGCUCCCAUACUGUGGUGAUCAUUCUGCACUUGGCUGUUGCAGACCUGCUGGUUCUCAUCACCCUGCCUCUAUGGAUCUACUCUCUAGCUCACACUUGGGUGUUUGGAGCAGUAUUGUGCAAGACCUUAGUGUACACUGUGACUGUGUGCAUGUUCAGCAGCAUCUUCUUGAUCACUGUUAUGAGCGUGGAGCGCUUUCUUGCCAUCUGUCAUCCAUUUCUGAUGAUGCGCUGGAAGACAAAAAGCAAUAUAAAAAUAUAUCUUGUACUUUUGUGGCUGCUUGCUUUCCUUCUAGGAGUGCCUGCCUUAACACAGAAUCUGGAAAACACUGAUGGAAAUGUGCAAUGUUUCACCAGGGAAUUAAACUCUGACACCAACACAAUUAUCAUCCUUUGCCUAGAAACCUUGUUGGUCUUUAUAGUUCCUUUCAUUGUUCUAAGUAUCUGCUACUGUCUAGUAGCUGCACAGAUCAAGAAGAUGAGUUUCAAUUCAAAAGAGAAAUCCAUGGUUCUCAUCCAUUCUGUAGUGAUUGCUUUCACAGUGUGCUGGUUGCCUUACCACGUUAUCAACAUUAUUGAUCUGAUUUGUAUCUUAAGCUGGCCAGACACUGAUGACGACUGUAUAUCAAAGCCUAUCAUCUUCAUAGUUGGUGCCCUGGUUU